CAUAAAACAAACAAACAAAAAAGGACAAUUUUGGUUUUAUAAAGUGCAUUCAUUACCUUUUUUUUUUGUCAUAAAGUACUUUCAUUAUCAACAGGUUCUCGGGUAGUUAAUUGAUUUGAGAAAUCUUUAAUUUGGUUAAAAUAUGUUAAAAUAUCUAAACAAAUGUAUUACCCGACUUUGUAAUAAUAUGUCAAAAAAAAUUGUUGCUAUAAUUAUUUCUAAACUUACUAUAUUUUAUAAAAAAAAUAAUAAUCAUAACCAAAUUACUACGUUGACAAAAAUAAACAACUUACUACAGAGUUUUCUUAACCUAAAAUUUAUUCAAAUUAUAUCUUUGAAUUUUUUUUAAUAAAUUAAUGUAUUUAUUAUGAAACUAAAAAAACACUUGUACUUUUGAAAAGUUCUUCAUUUUAAAUUUUAUCAACAAAUUUUAUCAACAAAUUUUAUCUUUAAAUUAAUUGUUUUUAUAUAACAUUAUAUACGUUAUAUUUAUUUGAUGAAAAUCCCACUAUAUAAUAGGGACUAAAUUUAGAGCUUAUUAGGGGUGCCACCUAGGCAAAAUAUUCCAGACCAAUCGUUUUGCCACGUCACACAGGCAACCCAGUUCAAUAAAUCGAAAAUUCAUCCCCCGUCGGUUUACCGGUUUCGUUCGCGCGCCUUAUGUCUACGGUUGGAUUGCAAUUGGGCCAGUUUUUAAAAAAAAUUCCCAGCCCAUCCCAUAACCCGUUCGCGCCGUGUGAUUAAUUCGACGGCUUAACGUUAGCGCAGCCCAGCCCGUUAACGGUUUAAUUUACGCAACUGAUGUAUCCGUCCCUUUGCAGUUGGGCCAGAGUUAUUUUAAAAUAUGCCAGCCCAUCCCAUAACCCGUUCUCUCUGUUUGAUUAAAACGACGGCUUAAGCUUUGUGAUACUCAGUAACCCUAAACGCUGUCUCUCCCAUUUCUCUUUCACGCAUGGCGAUUCUCUUCCUCUCCCACUAAUCUCCCCGCAAAACGCCUCCGAUGAAAGGGGUUGAACUUCAAUGCUUUCCCUUAAAGCCUCCAUUCAAGAUCCCCACAGACCUUCUACAUCCCCCCUCCGUCUUAUAUCUACCUUCCUAUUUAUACUCUUAUCUCUCUUACCUCAGCUCAUCCUUUACAAUCUCCUACCUCAGAUCGAAAGCUGUAUACCGUAAUCAUGUCGAAAGAGAUCGCAAUCCGCACCGGCGAAUCUUCCCCUCCUCUCCUCUUCCGCCAAGUUUCUCCCGGACCCAGCGAUUCCACCCUGCAGUUCCGGCUUCUCCAUUUCUGGAAUGCUCGGAAGAACGUCAAAGGAGGACCAGAGAUCCUUCUUGGGGUCGAGAUGCUGAUGAUCGAUGCGGAGGGAACUUUAGCUCAGGGGUUCAUCGGUCAGAACCGUCGGAGCCAGUAUGAGAAAGAGCUUGAGCGUGGGAGGGUCUACACAUUGACAACCUUCUAUGCAUCAAACAGCAAGGUGAUGUACCAUGUUGCUGAUCAGAGGCUGGUAAUCUGCAUCUCACACGACUCUGCCCUGUCAAAAGAUGAAGAAGACGUUGAAAGCAUUUUGACAGAGCGCUUCAGAGUCCAUUCCUUUUCAGACUUUGAAGCAAACUGCGAUCUCAGAGGGGAUCUUCACGAUGUUGUUGGCCACCUUAAGCUGGUUGAUGGCCAGGCUCUCCAUCAGCGUCCGGUUUUGUGCACCAAGGAUGGCUCAGUUUCUCGGAAAGUGACGGUCCAUUUGCAGCUUAAAGAUGGUCCAGUGGUGAACGUGUAUUUAUGGGACGAGGCCGCAGAAAGUUUCCGCUUGAAGUUUGACGCAAGUGCAACCACUCCAACGGUUCUUCUGGUCACAACUGUCAAUCCGAAAAGGCUCGGGGGGAAGUUGUGCCUAAGUUCCAUGUCCUCUUCAAGGGUGUUUUUGGACGAAGAUGUUGACCCCACCAGUGAAUACUUGACCUGGUUGAGUGCGAACCCUUCUGCCACUUCUUUGGUCAACCCAGUUGAGGUUGUCAAAGCUGAGACUCUCACAAUAAGUGAGAUUGCUGCGUUCCUCAAACGUGAGCCUGCUAAGGUUGCCUACUUUGACUGCAUUGCAACAAUUGAUGAUGUCAAGCUUGGGGCUGAGUGGUAUUACAUUGCUUGCAAAGAUUGCCAGACCAAGCUAAACCGUGGUCCGACAACCUUGCUUUGUCCAAAAUGCCGCAAUGAAGAUGCUACUGCAUUAGCCAACUAUCGGGUGGAGCUUUCUGUUUAUGAUAAUGAGGCGCAGUGCACGUUCAUCAUCCUCGGCGAUGCUGGAAAAGAGCUCACUGGCAGAAAAGCAUCAGAGUUGAUUGACGCCUAUGUUCAGGAAAAUGGUGGAGAUGAGGCUGAGCUUGAAGUUCCACUGCCACAGUGUUUUAUUGACACAAUUGGCCAGACAAAGAAAUUCAGGAUCAAGGUCUCCCCCUACAAUUUCACUUCAACCCGAAUUUCCUUGACCGCUACCAAGAUAAUCUCACCAGCAGUUUUACCACCAAAAAAUACGCCACUCAGCACGCCACUUUCUCUUCUUGGCGCACAAAACCGUCGUCCAGGAGCUGAAGUGGGAAUCUUAGAGGUAGCUGAGAGCAGCGGUAGUGGUACUUCCGCCACUGACGACCAGAAGGGAGCUAAGCGUAUCAAGCGUAGUGGCUAGAUCUCAUGCACCAAACUCACUCCACCAUGGCUGGUACAGACUGCCCAGUCAGCUGCUUCCCUAAUAACAGUCUUCUUAUUUCUCUUCAGUCAUUUUGUUUUCCAUUUUGCUAAGACAAUUUCAUUUUGCUAAAACGUUAUGGAUUUCUUAUCUUAUUAAGUUGUUUGGUUUUCAUUCCUA